AUGCGUGUUACUAAUCUUGUCCCGCUGCUUGCCGCAGCUGCGCCGGUCGCCAGGGCAGCCCAGGGUGACAGCCAGCCAGUAGCCCGUGCUGAGCUCAUGUCUUUGGAGCACUCACUUCAUCAGCGAGGUCUCGUCGAUGAUAUCUGGAACAAGAUCAAAGGAGCGGCAACUUGUGGCGGCUGCGAGAGCAUCCUAGUGCUGCUGAAGGGUAUCGCCUUCUUUGGUGAUGGUGCUUUUGUGGGCGCAGCAAAGACUCUUUGCAAACUUGGCAAGAUCCAGGACCCCGACGUAUGUGACGGCCUGCUGGAUCGCGAAGGUCCGACGGUUGCGAGAGUGAUCAACGAACUCUCCAUGUACGGGCGGACCCAAAAGUUGUUCUGCGGAGCAAUUCUUGGGCUCUGUGAUAUCCCCGCGGUGCAGCCUUUGGACCUCAAGUUCCCAAGCGAGAAGCCGAACCGCGGUCGCCCUACGCCGAGCGGGAAUAAGCCACUCAAGGUUGUGCACUUUUCUGAUAUCCAUGUCGACCAUCAUUACACGGUGGGCUCCAACACUGCGUGCAACAAGCCUAUUUGCUGUCGCGCGUACACUAAGGACGAUGCUCCUGGCACGACCAAGAACCCCGCUGGUCCCUUUGGUGACCACAAGUGCGAUACUCCGGUAAACCUUGAACAGAGCAUGUACAAGGCUAUCAAGGAAGCUGUACCAGAUGUUGCAUUUGCUCUCUUCACCGGAGAUAUUGUCGACCACACUAUCUGGAACACCACCAAGGAGUCCAACAUUCACGACAUCAGCGAUGCCAUGACUAUCAUGGACAGCCACCUGAACACCGUGUACGGCACCGUCGGCAACCACGAGAUGAGCCCCGUCAACCUCAUCCCAUCCAACAAGUACGCCGAGAAGAGCAACAGCGCCCAGUGGGUGUACGAUCUGCUCGCCGGCUACUGGGUCAAGUGGACGGGCAAGGAGACAAAAAGCGACAUCACCUCGAUCGGCGCCUACUCAGCCAAGUACCCCCAAGGCAAGCUGCGCGUCAUCUCGCUCAACACCAAUCUGUAUUACCGCCACAACUUUGAAAUGUACCACGACGACAUGGAAAAGGACCCCAACGGGCAGUUUGCGUGGCUCGUGCAGCAGCUCGAUGCCGCUGAAAAGGCCGGCGACCGCGCUUACAUCAUGGGCCACAUGCCCAUGGGCGACAUGGACGCGCUGCACGACGGCUCGCACACCUUUGACCAGAUUGUCAACCGCUACACCGACACAAUCGCAGCCAUGUUCUUUGGCCACACGCACGUCGACCACUUUGAGCUUCACUACGCCGACUACAACAACCGUAGCUACCAGAACGCGCGCGCCAUGUCCUACAUUGCCCCGUCCCUGACACCGACCUCCGGCAUGCCGUCGUUCCGCGUCUACGACGUCGACCCGGAGACCUUUGCCGUGCUCGACUCGGUCCAGUACGCCGCCGACAUGGCCAACCCGGCCUUUCAGACCACCGGCCCCGUCUGGACGCAGUACUACUCGGCCAAGGCGACGUACGGCGCGCUGCUCAGCCCGCCCCUGACGGCUGCCAGCGCCGAGCUCACGCCGGCGUUUUGGCACAACGUCACCGUUGCCCUGGAGGGCGACGAGGCCGAGUUUGACAAGUACCUGGCCCGCAAGAGCCGCGGCUGGAACCCGCAGGCGUGCACCGGCGACUGCUACAAGAAUGAGAUUUGCGCGCUGCGCGGCGGCCGCGCCGAGAACAACUGCUACAAGGCCACGCCCGGUCUGAGCCUCACCAAGCGCGACCAGGUCGGCAACAAUGCCCACGACGACUGCGGCGAGUCGACCAGCGCCAUGGUGCUCGGCGGCCUGGUCACCAACAAGGAGGUGCUGGAGAAGCUGCAGGAGAUAUUCGACGAGAUGGGCGAGAAGGCGGGCGCCAAGUCCUUUGACCCCGAGAAGGGAUGGCUGUAUGAGUGA